CACAAUGGCUACUAACAUUCUGCUGAUGUUAUGUAUCUUCAGUCUCUGCAGUGCAGUAAAUGCAGAUUGUUCAACAACUGCGACAAAUCUAAGCGGAUCCAGUGCAACUGUUACAUGUCCAUCUGGGUGCGUGAACAGUGGAGCUCCUGUUUAUGGAACUGACUAUUAUACAGAUGAUUCUGCCAUUUGCCCAGCAGCGAUCCAUGCUGGAGCACUAACAAAUGCAGGGGGGAAUGUGACAAUACAAUUUAUUGUUGGUCAGAACAGUUAUAUUGAAACCACAAGAAAUGGAAUCACAACCAAACCCUUUACGAGGCAUUGGCCUAGGUCAUUUACAUUUCCCACAGUACCAAAGGAUCCUCAGCAGGUAAAUGCAGAUUGUUCAACAACUGCGAGAAAAGUAGGCGGAUCCAGUGCAAUUGUUACAUGUCCCCCUGGGUGCCUUGGCACGUCAGCUUCUGUUUGGGGAACUAAUAAUUACACAGAUGAUUCUGCCAUUUGCCGAGCAGCGAUCCAUGAUGGAGCAGGAACAGAUCAAGGGGGGAAUGUGACAAUUAAUUUUUUUUUUGGUCAGAAAAGUUAUAAUGGAACCACAAGAAAUGGAAUGACAAGCAAAGACUUUGGCGUAUGGGACAGGACAUUUACAUUUCCCACACCAUCAAAUCCUCCAACUCCUAAACCCACCGGAAACCCUACCCAAAGCCCACCAGAUCCAAAGUAUGUAGCGCAACCUGGGGAUAAAUCAGCAUGCUUGUCAAUUACAUUUGUAAAAACUGGAAAACUGGUUACAGCACUUCAAAACUUCCUCUGUGCAUGUCCUGAAAAUGCGGGUCAAGCUUUCAAUUUCCAAGAAUUUAAAAUGUUUUAUUUUGCGCUGAAAGCUGAACUUAAAUAUGUUGGUUGUGAUGUUAAUCUUCUUUUGGGUACAAAACUGAACUUGGAAGAUCUACUCUCUAAUGAUGUUGUGGAUGUGGAAAAACUAACACCUGCAGUAAAUACUUUAUUGGGGGGCCUUAACCUUGGCGGUGUAGUGAAACUUCUUUGCAAUGUGGUAACUGCUUUGAACACACCCUGUGUGCAAGAUCUACUACAGAAAGGUCUUCCAGACGUGACUGACAAUAUCAAGAACGCAUUAUGUGGUUUUAAGAAUUCCAACUCUAAAAUUGAACUCCUUGGAACCGUCUUGACCACUGUUGGCUGUGAGACUGAGUCUUUCAACACGGCUGGUCUGUCUGAUCAAGCUAUAGGAUUACUUAAUGGUGUUGUGGAAAACAUUUUGGAUCCUUUGUUGGCUACUGUGAUAACCAUUGUGGGAAGUCUUAUAGGAGGCCUUUUAAACCCCAUUCUUUGUCAGGAUGGAGGUCUUCUAGGUCUUGGAACUUUACUUUGAAAUCCAGUCGGCAAAUGAGUAACAGGAUUCCAACUGAAGCAAACUUGUUUCCAAAGGAGAAAGCUGAUUCCAAAUCUUUGCAAACCAAUGUUAAUGAUUUUCUGGCAAUGUAAUUUUCAUUAGAUACCCCAUGUUUUGGAGAAGUCUUGAUUGUUGCUUUAUUUCCUGAAUGAUUUUUUUAAUCAAUAAAAUU